AGGAGAAAAGACAGGGGGCCAACAUCAGCUGAUAGGAUCUGCAGCUGUCAUUUCAAGGAUACAAAGAAGGAAAAUGGUCCAACACUUUUCCCAUGGAAUCAAGGACGGUACUUUGACUUCAAGGAUCCAAAUGAACUUUCAAGGAAAUCCAAAAAGUCUGUCGUACCCCUGGAAAAUGUACUUGUACAUGAAAGUUCAAUAUCUCAGGAGGAGAAAACUUCAGAGGGUAUGAGGGUUGAGGAUGGAGUUUCCACAGAUCUAGAGGCAUUUGGAAAGACUUUCAACCAGGACCAUGAAUAUGUGCGUCCAUUAAAAUCAAUGUUAGAAGAAAUCAAGGAUCUGGAAAAGCAAGUGGCUGAUCUGACAACAGAAAUAUCUGUCUUAAAAGCUAACACAGUCAAGAAACAGCCCUUUUCAGUUGCUAAGGUCAUCCAUGAUGAAAAAAAGAUGCUGAUGUACACAUCCCUGAAAGCAGACAUGUUUGCUGUCAUCGACACAACUCUUCAGCGGUUUCCACUUACAUAUGUAGAUGGAUGGACUCCUGGCACUUUUUCUAGGACAGACCAGCUGUUUAUGACACUGAUGAAAUUAAAGCUGAACCUCCCACUUCUUGACAUUGCUGAGAGAUUCUGCACCAGCAAGACAACUGUACAUAACAUUUUGAUAACUCACAUAUUUGCUAUGCAUGAAGUUUUCUUUGAGGGCAUGAUUGAGAACAAAAUUCCUUCUCUCCUCAAGUGCAAGUCAUCCAUGCCCUCCAGUUUUGGGGAUUUUAAUUGUUGUCGUCUUGUCAUUGAUGCCACAGAAGUGACACAGGAUGUCCCUGGACAGGACAUGUUUGCUCAGUCCCAUACCUACAGUUCAUACAAGAACAGACACACUGUGAAGUCUGUUACUGGUGUUGCCCCUAAUGGUGCUGUAGUGUAUGUUAGCAAACUGUACCCAGGAAGCACCUCUGAUGUUGCUAUAGUUGAUCAUAGUAAAAUGUUAUCCCAGUUGAAACCAGGUGACAUGAUCUUAGCAGACAAAGGAUUUACUAUUCACCCUCUCCUUCCUUCAGGAGUGCACCUUAACAUUCCUCCUUUCUUGAAAGACAAGGGUCAGUACACACCAGCAGAGGUGCAGUUGUGCAGAAAAAUUGCCAGGUCUCGCAUUCAUGUAGAGAGAGUAAAUGAAAGAAUUAAGAAUUUUGAAAUAUUAUCUCAUAUUCCACAGCAGUUUAGACAUAUUAGCACCAAAAUUUUCCAAGUAUGUUCAAUUCUAGUCAAUUUCCAAGAUCCAAUGAUUGCAGAGAUUGCUGACAACUACAGUCAGGACCAGUAAUUCUUUAUUUACUGAACAUGCACAACAACAAAACAAUCUGUUUACAAUUCUUAAUUAUGAAUU